UGAAGACCCAAGGGGAUGCACAAUAUUGAAUAAUGAUCCAAAUGUGCAGAGUAAAAUCUAUCAUCAUAUGGCCAUCAAACUUAGUCAGGGUAACAAUGCGUCUUCAUGUUUUCACAAUCGCAGAGGAAAUUAAUCAUGUAUGCCCAGUAGGAGAAAACUCUAGAUCUUGACUGUAUUAAAACCUGAAAUUUUAAAUUAAAUUUUGAUUUGAGCUAUUUUGGGUAUGAUUGAAUACUAGGUACAAGUUGAGAGUUUGACUUCUGUGAUGUAAUAGGCAGUAAGGAUCAGUGUUUACUAACAGAAGGAAUGACUGUACCUUUAGUUAUUGUGAAAUGUCUGGUACUGUAGUGUGUGGGAUUGAGUUAGUGUGUACACUGAGCUACACCGGAUCAAUACAUGACUCAGUGUUCAGCCUCACAUUGAUGGUGCUGUGUGUGUGAGAGAGUAUGUGGACUAAUUCUGUGGAUCACCGAUUAUUGGAAGUCUGACUCCACUUGUUACAGAGGUUGUGUUGUCUUUGAUUAUCACUUAAUUAUCCGUCAAUACCUUUGUAACCAAGAGAGGCAGUGGAGAGAAUCGGAUAUUCCAAUCCUUGCUGUUGUGUUUUGAGAUGUCUGCAGCUUGCUAUACAGAAUGGGAGGAAUUCCAAUGCUAUUCAUUUGCUUUUUGUGAAUGCUGGUGAAUGUGUUGUACAGGAUUUCCUAUCUAUAAAUCAAUGGGGGGAUGGCAGGUAAAAAGCUCACAGCUGUAGUGAACGCGGAGGAGAGUCAGUGAUAUGUCUGAGGAUCAUUUAUAUUUGAGUCCCGAGGAUUUAGAGGAGGGGGACUUAGUGAUUGGAGAGGACUCCUCAUCUAGUCAUGACUCCUCCAGCCAGACAAGUGAUGAGGGCGAGGAUCUUAAUGAUGAUGUUAAUGAGGAGGACGCAGAAGAUGAUAGCGAUGAAGAAGAAGACAUCUCACCUAACGACAUUGGCCCGCACAAGUCCUUUAACAUCCCGGGUACAAUCAUUCAGCAGAAUGGCCAUCAGACAAACAAACAGACAGAUACAGCAGAGGUCCUCAACAAGCUACAGGAACUGUAUAAUGAAAGGUCAGCCAUAUUGACAUAUAUAGAGGAAGAGGAUAGGCAGAGGAAAUGGUACAUCUCACAACUGGACAAUGUUAGACAGCAGUUGGAGAAGAUCCCUGAGGGGUAUCCCAAAGAGAGAGAGCUAAUGCGACGCAAGAUAGAGCAUGAUGGAAAACAAAUUCAGGAACUGUUUCUGCAGAACCUUGGAACUGCAGAACAGAUCUCGCAGAGACAGGAAGUUCGAUUGACUCGAAUCAGCACCAUAGAAACCGAGAUACUGGACCUACAGAAAGCAAGGAAACUUCAGGUCAGUGUGGAUAAAGAGGUGGGAGGCGUUAAUCACCUGGAUGACAGUCCUAGUCCUCACAUUGCCUCCUUGUAUCAUGGGGCAUGGCCACUCAGCGCCAACAAAAAAGAUGGGCUCAGGGAAGGCUCCAGUCUUGGGUCUGGUACUCAGGAGAUAGGCAGCAUUAUGAGCUUCAACUCCAGCAAUACCAACACUUCUCAACCGUCACUGGCAUCACCACGGCAACAUGGUCAGCCACUGAUGUCCAUGGCACUGUCCCAGGGACAUUCCCAAGAUGGCGGUCUUGCAGGACAGACUCCACAACAGCUUGGCACCAAGGUGGAGAUGGUGUACUCGCUGUUGUCAAUGUUGGGUACACACGACAAAGACGAUAUGUCAAGAACACUGCUGGCCAUGUCUAGUUCACAGGACAGCUGUAUAGCAAUGAGACAGUCAGGUUGCCUGCCCCUACUUAUACAGCUGUUACACGGAAGUGAUAAAGACUCGGGGUUGCUGGGUAAUACACGAGGCAGUAAGGCAGCACGUGAACGAGCGGCAGCAGCUCUGCACAACAUCGUACACUCCCAUCCCGACGAUAAGCGAGGCCGGAGGGAGGCACGCGUGCUGAGGUUUUUGGAGCAAAUCCGGGCACAUUGUGACCAGCUGAGAGACAUGCAGGAGGAUGGUCCAGAGCUGUCAGAUGACAGAGACAUGGACCAUCAGCCUGGCCCCGCUGUGGCUGCUCUGAUGAAGCUGUCUUUUGAUGAGGAACACAGACACGCCAUCUGUAGUCUGGGUGGUGUACAGGCAAUAGCAGAAUUGUUAGAGGUCGAUCACAGAAUACACUACACAGAGGUGGAGCAAUAUAACAUCACGAUGAGGCGCUACGGCUGUAUGGCUCUGACCAACCUGACAUUUGGUGAUGGCACAAACAAGGCACUGCUGUGUUCUAUGAGGGGAUUCAUGGAGGCUCUGGUAGCUCAGCUGGAGUGUGAAUGUGAGGACCUCAACCAGGUGGCUGCCAGUGUUCUUCGUAAUCUUUCCUGGAAGGCUGAUUUACAGAGUAAGAAGACACUCAGAGCUGUUGGGGCUGCCACAAAACUGAUGGGAGCCGCCAUGAAAGUCAAGAAAGAAGCAACUCUAAAAAGUAUUCUUAGUGCUUUAUGGAACUUAUCAGCUCAUGGCAGUGAAAAUAAGGCAGAGAUCUGUGCUGUAGGUGGUGCUCUUGAGUUUCUUGUUAGUACUCUCACCUACAAAAGUCCUUCAAAGACUACAGCAGUGAUAGAAAAUGGAGGUGGUGUGCUACGUAAUAUCUCUAGUCACAUUACUGUGCGUGAAGACUACCGUCAGAUUCUACGCAAACACGGCUGUUUGCAGAUUCUUCUAAAACAACUGCGCUCACCAAGUUUAAACAUUGUCAGUAAUGCUUGUGGUACUCUUUGGAACUUAUCCGCAAGAUGUGCUGAAGAUCAAAAGGCCCUGUUAGAUAUGGGAGCAGUUGGAAUGCUGCGCAAUCUUGUGAACUCAAAACAUCAAAUGAUUUCUAUGGGAAGUUCUGCUGCUUUAAAAAAUCUGCUGACUGCUUGCAAUAUCAAAACAAUGGGGAUGGAUAAAAAGAAUUAUUCAAACAGACCUUCCUUACAUGUACGUAAACAAAAAGCUCUCACAGAGGAGAUAGACCAGAGUUUGUCUGAAACCUGUGAAAAUGUGGAAAGUCCACGGGACAGUCCAACAGAAAAUGGACGAUCAGAUAAGGAGCAGACUCGUUUUCAUUUCCCUGCUAAUCCCAGUACUGCUCAUAAUGAUGGAGAGAUACAGAAACCUCAGAACAGAGGUAACAGCUUCCCAAAAAGUGUGAGUGGGGAGAACACACCAGUGUCAGACAGUCAUCUAAUGUCUUCUCAACGGGUAGCCCGCUCUGGAAGCCAAGACAGUGUGGGCAGCACUCACUCGGAUAUAUCUCAUGAUAGAACUCGGUUCCACAUGGCUAUGAAGAAAGCCAAGAGCAUGACAGACAGAAAGGGAGGAAGUCUGGACAGACAGCAGGGCAACAUGAUCCCUAGAGUCCACUCUGAUGGCAGCUGUGAGGAGACUCAACAAGCCAGCAGCAGAAUAAUUCAAGUCAUGAAGGAAGUAGCAAGGCAUGCUGGGAUUGACUCAGAUUCUGGCUCCAAAGGAAGUUCUCAGUCACAGAACAGUACACCUAGAAAAAGUGAGCCUCCUUACCCCUACUCUCAGUCAUUACUGGUAAGGAGUUACACUGGCCCUAGUUCAAGCAGCAUUCAAUAUGGUGGACAGUUCAGGAAACUCCCUUACUCUAACAGCAUGGACAGUGAUCAACCAAUUGACUACAGUUUGAAUAAAGCUAACAAGCCACCAAUACCUCCAAAGUUUGACAAUUACGUAGGACAGACAUAUGAACCACACCUAAGUGCAGUCGGCAUGCAUCACUCCUAUAGUGGACCACAGAAGACAGCUCAGAAUUUAUUCAGUAUCUCACCUAUUGUACAGCACAGCAACAUGUAUGCAGAGACGGAUCUGGACUGUGAACAGCCAACAGACUACAGCCGCAGGUUUGCUGAGAGCCAUGAUGACAGUGAUGGGGAUCAACCUUAUGAUAUGCGAUAUGAAGACAACUGUGCUGACUGUAAACUAGACAUUGCAAGAAGAACCAAUGAGAGACUUGAAUUUUUACCUGGAUACAAUGACGACCAAGUGAAAACAUUCUGCACAGAGGGAACUCCACGUAAUUAUCUGUCUACAGCCAACUCUCUGACAGAUCUUAGUAAAGGAGAAAAGGAGGAUGCCAGGAAAGAGCACACAGAUGAAGAGGAGGAGGAAGAAGAGGAGGAAGAUUAUCAAUAUGAAGAGGAGUCUGGGUCCUUAGAAAAAGGAAGUGGGAGUCAGAGUACUAAUCAAAAUACUGGUACCACUGUCAUUGCCAGCUACCAUGUCGCCACCAAAAACCUCCAGCAAGUGGCAUCCAAUAAGUCACCAAAUCAGGAUGAAAACAUCAGUCGUUCUUUUCAUGCCCCAAAUGAAAAUGACAACUCGCCAGACCAAGUUAAAACAUAUUGUGAUGAGGGAACUCCCAUCUGUUUUUCCAGAGUGAGUUCUCUCAGUAGUCUUCAUAGUAGUGAAGCACAAGACAGACAGGUGGAGUCUAACCGAUCGACUUUACGAAACACGAGAGGGCUACACAGCAUAGAUGAAAAUGACAGUGCUAAAACUCCUCCAAGAGAUGUGAAAAUAGUGAGCUCUAUCAUGGCUCCGCCAAAGUGCACACUUAACUCUGGACGUCAAAAGCUUGUAAGUGAAUCUGAUUCACAAGGACCGGAUUGUGCUGAAAAAGAACAUAAAACGGUGACAUUUAAUGAUGACCACCAAGUUCAGGAAACACCUCUGAUGUUUUCCCGCUGCAGUUCCUUGGGAUCUUUGAGCAGUUUCGAUGCACAUUCUGUGCACAGCUCCGUGAUCAGUGAUUACAGUCGCCGAGCAAGUGAGGUGGUUUCUCCUAGUGAAUUGCCAGACUCUCCUAGUGAAACCAUGCCACCUAGUCCCUCAAAGAGCCCAGACCUGGAGCUGCAACAUAGAGCAAACAAUCCUCAAAAAUUUGAUAGCUUCAUUGACGGGACGCCAAAAACUGUUCUCUUUCGUCCUGUGGCAAGUAAACUAUCCAGUGAACAUGUGAAAAUGCCUAACAUAGAAAUGGCUUCUACCAUCAGUCGUGAUGAGGCUCCAGUUGUUUAUGCAGAUGAAGGGACUCCCCCUCAUAUGUCAGAAACUAAUAGUGUCCUUAGCACUCUAACCAUUGAUGAUGCAAGCAAAACAAAAACAACAGAUACAAUCCAGUCAGAGAAACCUGCCACGAGUUCCAGUCGAAAAUCUGUGGAGGAGGUAGACGACAAAGACAAUUCUCAUUCAGAGGUCUCGUUAGAUGAAGAGGACAUAUUGAAAGAGUGUAUUAGGACAGCCAUGCCACGUAAACCCAGGCGCAGUUCAUCAGACAACACCCUGAAGAAGAAGUCAGUCAACAAUACUGACAAUCAGAAGAACAAAAUGUCUCAGUCGAUAGAGGGAAUGAAGCAAGCUCCUAAACCAAAAUUAGGUUCUAGUCAUCACUCCUCUGUCAAUGAAAUGAUGACAAAGAACUCGGGUGAUAUCGCCUUACAAAGUCAAUCACAGAUACAUGUUGGUGUUGCCAAUCAAUUUUCCAAGUCAAUGUCAAAUGACAAAAGUGUUGUUGAAUCAUGUGCAGACAGUGUCAAAGCCUUUGCAGAGGAGGAUGUUCCAUUCUGUGAGAAAAUGAAAAGGUCUGUGAAACCAGAACCACAGGUAAAGGGUUCCUACCAAGUGAAUACAAUGGAUGACAAUCUAGACUCUGUUACUUCCUAUGCAAGUGAAGACCAACCUACAGUGAAACCAAAUCAAACACCAAAACACUAUAAAAAGGUCCAAGAAAUUCUCAAUGGGAACUUAGAUGUGUUAGAGUCUCAUGAUGACUGUGUCAAGUUGUAUGCAGAUGAGGGCACUCCUUGUCCAGGGUCAGCAGCCAUGUCCCUCCAACACAAUCAAAGUAAACCUCAUAUUCUGCAGAAUGCAGUGAGAUUCAAUCCUGCUUUACUUUCACAGGUGGAUUACUUGUUUGAUGACGAGGAGGCCCCAAAAUCAUAUGCAAUGGAGGACACUCCAUACAACUUAUCUGAACCAACCUCUCCGAAAAAUACAGUGAAGAAAGUACCACCUCCUAUACCCCAAAAACCAGUUCGACCUACAAAUGUACCAGAAUUUAACCCUUCACUGUUGUCACGGGUACAACAGGAUGUUCCUGAUGAUGAUGCUCCAACGUCUUAUGCUGUGGAGGACACACCAUACAACAUGUCAAAACCCAGUUCUCCUACCCCCAAAGUAAGGAUAAGUAGCCCACCAAGUACAGAGUCAGACCAUCCUUUGUGCCUUGUCAAUCCGGAACUUAAGAUACAUGUAGAAGACCCUUCUACAUACUGUGAGGACACAGUGAAAACAUAUGCUACAGAAGAUACUCCUAUCAGCUACUCAUAUGCAACUUCUCUCAGUGAUUUAAGUAUCAUAACAGGCAUAUCAGAACCAAUCAAAGAGGAAGAGCAAGAGACAGAGAAACCAGACCCUCAGGAAAAUGCUAAAGUGGAGGAGGCAGAUGGAGAGGGGGAAGUGGAGGAGAAAGAUAAAGACGAGUCAGCUGACCUGAAUGACACAAAGUCCGAAUCUUCUUGCAGUGACGGAAGUGAAGACCUUCUGUCUGACCUCAUUCAGUCUGCAAUGCCAAAAGGGAGGACUUCACCCAAAGCCAGGGUCUCAAGAAAACUUGAUAUGGACCGUGCUGCUGAGGGAGCCGAGUCCAAAUUCCAACCACAGCGUACCUCUAGUGUGGUGACAGUACCCACUCCAGCACAGUAUGCUUCACAGAAUGGUCAAAUCAAGACUUCAAGUGAUUUAGAUAUUUCCAAUGAUUUGCCCUCAAGAAUAGAGUCCGUAAACACAAAUGAAGUAAGGUCUGCUGAAACACAACGGAAUCAUAGUGUGACAGCUGGAGAUGACUCGGUGUUUUAUCAUACAAAUGAUUCUAUGGAUUCUGUGAAGGUUUACAAUUUAGAGGGAACUCCAACAACAUUCUCUAGAAAUGACUCCCUGAGCUCCUUGAGCAUCACUGGUAAUGACAGCGAUGUGAAACAAAGUGGAAAAUCAGAAGGAUCUGAUUCUGCGAAGAAAAUGCCUCCACCAACACACAUUCUAAAACCAGACAAAUGUAAUUCUGAGAUAGUUCUUCAGAGAGAAGUGGAAGGGCAAUCAAGUGAUGAAGUUUCUUCUGCCUGUGUACAGCAUGAUAAUAAAGACAACUCAGAUGAUGAUGAUGAUGAUGACCCUAAUGAUGAGGCACUUCUGGAAGCUUGCAUGAACUUGGCAUUACCAAAGAGUAAAUCUUCAACAUUUGCAGAAAAACAAAAAUCAUCUUCAUCCAAACCACUCAAAUCAAACCCAGCUAUGACUGGUUCUAAGAGUUUUAAUUCUUCAUUACUCUCCUCAGAAAAAUCAAGGAAGUCAGUUUCAACCAAGAAGACAACUGAAAAUCAUAAACAUAGAAUAAACAAAAGCAGCUCAGCAGUGGAGGGCUAUAUGAAUCUCAGUACUGGGAGUGUAACUUCACAUCACUCACGGACAGCAGAAUGGCAGGCACAGCAGAACCUCAACAUGUCUGAUGACUUCAUCUUUGCUAAGCCUUCCUCAAACUACAGAAGAGUUCGUCCUCAUCAAGGGUCUUGGAGAAGAUCCAGGUCACAGGAUAGUGAUGGAUUUCUAAAGCAACAGAAAGAAAACACAAACAUGGAGCUGGCACAGAGUAUGGGAAGUUCUAGGAUACACAACAGGGGAUCAGCUCAGUCUAUUCCAAGCUAUGUUGAUGUGUAUGUUGACAACAGAUUCAUUGAAGAUCAUCAUGCUUACAACCAUCACAAAGUCCAUCAUGAAAACCAGCAUGGGUUACAACGCUAUUCAGGCCAAAAUGAACACAGCCGUGCAAGACAUAACACUAACAUGGAACAACAUAAACGAAGUCACAGUGAGAGUAGAGAGAAAUCGGGAAGGGAGCAGCAUAAUCAAGCCAUGUAUGAGUCACAAAUCAAAAGAAGACAUCACAGUGAGCAUGACAACCCGGAAAAGUUUCUGGCAAUUGAUGUUCAUCAAGCGCCAGCUUCUCAAAAUGAAGUGGAUAGCUUAAACAGAUCAAUUUACCAAAUGGAGCUCAACAAUGAAGCUAUUACAUUCGGCACAGGAAUAGACAACCUAGGGUUUGGUAUAGGAGGCAGUCAGGAUUACAUGAAUGAAGAAGACAAACUAGACAGUGCUGAUGUGACAUUGAGAGCUACAAGCGGAAAUAAUACCAUGACAAAUGAUUCCAUCAAUCAGAAUGACUCUGUGAUCCACUAUGAUAAAGAAACCUUAUCUCCAGAGGAUGAACAUGCAUUACAUCUAGAUGCUAGUGCUGUUGUUACAGAGAUACAGAGCAAAAGAAUGAUGGGUAGUGGAGUAGAUGAGGAUAUGUUUAUUGAACAUGAAACCCUUUCUUUGGUGUCAGGAGGAUACAUGUCAGAUACUCCUUCUGAUGCCUCCAUUACAUGGUCAGCCCAUUCAGAAAACUACUCAGAAUUUACCAUGGAGGAUGUAGCCUCUAACGGACCAAGGGUAGUGAAACCAUCCAACAGAGGCACACUGACUUCAGAUGACAGUAAGGCCAUUAGAGGAAAGAGAAAGCCCCUAUACAGUCGCUCAAACUCUUCAUCAUCUCAGAAAUCUGAUGCAUCAACCCGCAUGAUGAAGCCAACUACAGCUAAUGUAAGACUGUCACAAGGUGGUAGAGGUGGUUCUGUCAUUGCUGGGGCCACAAGAAGGGCUCCACAAACCAAGACUCACCCCCAGGCUAGCAGCACCCCAACUAAAACUUCCCCACUAAAAUCAAAGAUACAAAAACCCUCUCCAACGCAAGGAAAGACUGGUGCUAGAGUUCCUAAUACAAAGGAGAGUCCAUCCCGCCUACCUCUAGCAUCAAAUAGGAAAAAUACAGCUGAUAGACCUAAACCUCCAAUCAAACAGGGCACCUUCACAAAGGAAGCAUCAACUGUCAAAGUACCUAUCAUUGAUGAUACUCUGAAUGAGAGCUGCCAACCUGCAAGUCGUGAGGCAGUGAAAAAUAAAACAAACAAACAAGUUAAUGCCUCGGGAUUAGAUAGCAGUCAAGGGAGUGGAUCAUGGAAGAAAGCAUUGGGUUCCUAUAAUUUUGCCAUAGAUAAUUCUGCUGAUGAAAAGAAAGAGAAUUUAACACCCAACAAAAGACCUGGUAGUGUCACAAACCUAAAUACUAAGAAGUCUGGAAGUGGUGGUAAUCUAUCUGCUACAAAAGCAAAGCCAGGCAAUUCUCCUGCAAGCAAAAGCACAGUAAAAACGACCAGCCGAGUGAACAGCACUAGUAACCUAAAAAAGACAUUCAGUGGAACAUCACUUACUAAGUCAGGAAGUGGUGCCUCGUUAAAUAAGGCAGGCAGUGGAAGCACUCUGAAUAAGUCGGGCAGCGGUCAACUUCUGAACAAAUCAGGAAGUGCCAUACAUAAGCUGACAGGAAGUGACCGUGUUCUAAACAGAGGUGGAUCUAAUCCAAAUCUUGGACGUCUAAACAGCAGCAAACCCGACUUGAAAAAAUCAGACAGUAAUGCAAGUCUUCGCAAUAAUUCACGCCCCUCUACUCCUGUAGGGAGGAGAACUUCAGCUGGGUCAGUUCAAGGAAGAAAGUCCGAUGGAAAUACAAGCAAAUCUGGAAUACCAACAGAAAAGAAAGUGGGUGUGGCUUCUGGCACCAAAAAGCAGGUGGGAAGUAAAAUUGCUGGACUUUGGAAAAAAGAUGAUUCUAAUGAGAUAACACCUCGUUCAUCUGCUUCAAAAUUACCUGUGUCAACCACUCCUUCCAGGCAAAGAAAUAUGUCAACACCUGGAUCAAAGAAGUCUUCCAAUGUAUCUCUACAAUCAUUAAAUAAAUCCAUGAAUUCAGCUGAAAUUUUGAAUGAAGGAAUAAGCAGAAGCUCCACCUAUGACAAAAUCAACUCAACUAUGGAUUCUAGCCAGCUACCGUCUCUUGAUAAUGAAAGUGUUACAGAAAAUGUGACAAUAGAACUUUCAAAGUCUAGUGUUGUUCUUGGUGAUGAAAUUAAAGGUGAUUAUGUGGAACUAAGAAUCCUCCAAGGUUCUGAGUCAGACUGUGACAUGAACAAGAGCAUAGUGAUAAGAAGUCCUGACAAGAAUAAAACUGAUUCAGACUCAGUAACAAGUCCAUCAGCAGUUUCCGUAAAAAGCCAGUCAUCAGAUGAAUUUGAUUUGAAGUCAUUAGAGAAAAGAAUUGAUUCAAGCACCUGGAAGAAGAAAAAAUCAGACUUGGGCUCAGCAAACCUUCCAAAUGCUGAUGAUACCAGUAAAUCUUUAGAAGCUGUCAAGGCCCUAUUAGAUGCCUCUUUGGCGAGUGAAUCUUCGAACAUGACUUUAUCAUCCUCUUUCUACAAUACCUCCAACAUACAGGGAAGCUACCUCAGCCAGGGAAGUAGGACUGUGAAUGGAGCUGCCUGGCACCGCUACAAGCAAGAGUCCUUUGCAAGUGUAGUUCACAGUGAAGAUGAGGGAGACAGCAUAUGGGUUCGCCGAGAUCCAGAGUCCUCAAAGUCAGAGCCAGAACUCAAUAAGCACUCGCUGAAUUCAAAGAAAGACAGGAAAGAGAAAGCAGAUAACAGAAGUUUUUUGCCUAUCAAAGCCAUGAAAAGUAUGUUCGGCUCAUCUAAGAAGGACAAAACAUCGAAAUCUGGAUCAAAGUUAUCACUGAGCUCUUCCAAAGAAAGCUUACAGAGUAAUAAAAUAAACAUGAAUGAAAUAGUCAAAGUUGUGGAGAAAGAACGUGAAAAAGAUAAAGAAAGGGAGAAAAAAGAAAAAGCCAAACAAAGAGAAAAAUUGAAAGAAAGCAUUGCUCUGGAGAAAGCCAAAGCUAAGGAAAUGGCAAAACUUGAAAAAGAAAAGUCAAAGAAUGAUAAAGAAAAAGCAAAGUUGGAAAAGGAAAAAGCAAAGGCUGAAAAAGAAAAGAUUAGAAACAGUAAAAAGAGUGAUUCCAGAAAAAGCUCAGUUGCUGAUGAGAGCUCUGUAUCACAAGACAUUGAUAAGAACAAGAAAUCGCAGGAUGUGUUUGGGUCUGUAAAUCAUAAAGCAAGUCCUCCUCAGGCUGCACUGGUUCAGCCAUUCAACUAUACUCCAAUGAAGCUGUCGGAGAACUCGGCAACAGAGACAGCGGACCAAAGUUUCAGCAAACAACAAAACCCAACAACAAGCUCUGUGGUAAGCAGUACACCCACUGGUACAAACACACCCAUGACCAAGACUGAGAUGUUGCUGGCCAGAAGGAGAAUGAAUAGUCUGAACAAGACGGAGGGGGAGGAGUCUAGAGAGGAGGACGUCAACAAAAAGACGGGAUGUAUGGUCACCACUGUGUAAUAGCUCUCACUGCUGAUAUUCAUACCUUGUUUCUAAUAGAUUUUAUACAUUGUCAAUCAUAGGUUGUUUCAAAGAUAGAAGGGAUUGAUUUAUAAAAGCGUUCAAAUUUUUAUUCAUAAAUAUCGGGCAUUUAUUUUCACAUGAUGUAAUAUUUAUUUUUCAUUGAUCAGUUUUUCGCUGCCAGUUUUCAGUGUCUGAUAUCACUUGAUGACAUCAUUAUCAAAAUGACAUUUCAUUGAAACGAUAUAUUACUUUCUUACUUAAGGCCGACCAUAGUGAAUUCUAUGUUUUGCAUAGGUUACUUUUUUCUAAAGCUACAUGUAGAAUGUGAAAGGCAGUAAGAAGACAAACAGAUAAAUAUAUAUUCAAUAUGUAUCUAAUUAUUAGACAAAGAAAAUCUAGAAUUAGCUUUGUUAAUGUUAAGCAAACCUUCAAAAGAAAGAUUAGUCCAUACUUUAAAUAUAUUUUUGCCAACGUCCUAAAAACAAGAAACCUAUAUGCGCAGUAAAGAUGAGGAACAUAAGAUUUAUUUGGGUCGACUUGACAAGACUUCACAAACACUGAAGUUAAAUUGUUUCAAAGUUAUUAUCAUAUUUAAUCAUUCUUAUGCACAGUAACUGUUGAGAUUGAUAGAAUUAUGUACAAAUCUCAUGUGUGUGCAAUAACGGGGGGGAUCAGUGGCAGCUUUCAUGUUACGCUACUUAAACAAUGCAGUGACAGUUUUCAAGUUGUGAUAAUUCGUGUUAUUUCGUAGAAUUUGCCAGUAGUUUGUCAUUUAACUCGUGUAGUAUCUACAUGUAUAUUACAUUGGUAAUGUAUCAUUUCAACAUUCCUUCAUUCCUUGCUCUUGGCUGGACACAGAGGAAGGGGACACAAUCAAAUUGUAUGUUUAUACUUGUACAUUUUUACCCAGUAAUCUGAGCAAGAAAAUUUACUUUUACUCCAGAGAUAUAUCACCGGAAACUAUUGGUUAAGUUAGCAUUUGCCUUUAUGUUAAGAUGCAUAUCGUAGACGUGUAAUACUUUAUAACAUUUUUUUUUUAUUGUGCUUAAUGCAGUUUUUGAUGCAGUUUUAUUUACAUGGUGCUAUGUGCUGAAACUAAAGAUGUUUUGUUCUUUUCUAUGCUGUGCAGUAUCAGUGUUGUGCUCAUGGGUUUUUUCCCUGACUUUGUGAGUCUGUUUACAUAAAUAAUUUCUUGGAAAUGAUUAGAUAUUGAAAAUUUCAGUAUUAGACAUUUUAUUUCUGAUUGUAUAGAGCAUUAAAAAUCUGUACAUGUUUUUUUUUCAGAAAUGAAUACUUGAGAAGGUAAUCUCAGUAAGUCAGUGGUCAGGCAUGUAGCAUUCCUCAUUACAUUUAGUGUCAGUCAUGAUGCAGAGAUGCAAUCUGUCCAGUUUUACAAAAUGACUGCAUCUGUAUGUGUGUCUGUCUGAAAAAUUGAUUGUCUAACGCAUUAUCGUGUGUACAUAUCUCAUUAUUUCUUACAUCAUAUUGCUCUUCUAAAUUGAAAUAAAAAUAUCGUAACGGA